ACUUCUAUCUUUAACCCAUCACAAAAUGCCUCAGAAAGAAGAGCCACACCAUGUCAUUGUUCGGUUGCCUUUUCAGAGACCCGAAGACUUUGAAGAACCUCCUUUGAUAGUAUGGACAGAGGAAAUGGAGCAUAGGCUAUGGCAAUAUACUAGCCAAAAGAACACCGAUUGGAAUUCGAUAGCAAGGCAAUUGGAAGUGCCCACCCAGAUUCUAAUUCGACAUGCUGCCUUUCUUUACGAAACUCAGCUCCGAGGUAUUCAGCAGCAGCUAAGAAUGGGUGAAAUGGGCAAGGGCAAAGCAUCGGACUCAGCAAGUGCAAGCGGCCGAUCAUCACGAGCUAGUCGGCCAUCUAGUGCUAUGCAUGCACACUCCGAUAUUGGGAAUCGACCUAUAUCAACUGUAAAUGCAACUUCUCCGACUGUAGACAACGUCUCAGACUCUUUGUACCUGUCAACUGUUUCAGCUACCAGUCACCCGCGAUCAUUUGGGUCGCCAGGUCGACCGUAUAUGACUCGCCAAACAUCUCAAGAUAAGUCAAGCAACACCGAACCAAUGGUUCAGGCGACUUCACCUUUACCGCCACUUGAGUCCUCCUUUCACAAUAUGAAACGAUCGAGAAUGGCUGAACAUGAAAUGACAAAUUCACAGCUCGAAGAUGAAGCAAGCACCAAAACGUCGUCAGCAAGUGGUUCUGGUGUGUUGCAAAAAUCACUGCCAUUGGAUGCAUGGGAUAGACAGGAACUCACUGGCGGCGGGGCAUCAGAUUUCGCACCCGACGAAGACGACAGCAGCCAAGAAAACGACGAUUAUGACAACAACGAUAAUGAUAAAAAUGACAACUUUGAAGAGCGAUUCCAUGAGCUGUAUGUUGAUGAAGAAGAUGCACCGGCGUUCCUUCCAUCUUCUACACGAUCUCCCAGAGGCCACUCGAAUAGUAUCAUGUCCCUACUGAAGAGUGUGGUUAUUGACAAGCAAAGUCCAUUUCGCCACGAGCCUAGCAGUUCGUCACUGCCUACAUCUCCAGAUAUGCGCCAGCAACAACCUCCUUCUGCACAACAACUUAGAUCUCCACUAAGGCAUGAAAGAACACAUCAACUUUCUACUGCAGAAGAGUUUACUACCGAAGGAACAAACAGCGUGGGUUCCUCAUUCAGUGAUGUUUCAGACUCGUCUGUCACUCAGUCAGCAUUGGAAGAUGCGUAUAUGUCAAAGUUCAAUGGAUCAAAAAUGUCAACGCUCACCUUGUCUAAGAAGUAUUGAUUUGUAUCGCUAGACCUUUAAAUUGUAAAUACCUUUAGCCUAUGGAAUAGAUACUUCAGGAACAUACGCUGCCUCUAAUUGGAGUAAUACUGCGAUAAUUUAUGAUUUAUAAAUCAUUUGCUAUGAAUUUCUCAAAAA